CUAUAAGUACCUGAUUGUUAAACUGAUAAUAAAAAUCCAUUCUGCACCUAAUUAUCAUCCUUUUAAAAGAAACAUUAAUAAAUUGAUGUAAAAUAAGUAUAGGAUUAACAAUAAGAUGAAUUCACCAUUUCAAAUUUAAAAGAAAUAAAACAGUAUUUUAAUGAAGAUAAUAUUGAAUUUUGUAUAAAUUCAGAAAUAUUUCUUUUAUGGUAACAAAAUUCAUUUAUACUUCCAAUUUUAUCAGCACUUUCUAAACUCUACUUAUCUAUUCUCUCUUCAAAUGCAGAUUCAGAAAGGGUCUGUUCUGAUGGUAGUCUUGUAGUUUCUGAAAAAAAAUAAAGGUUAAGCCAAAAGAAAGCUAAAAUGCUUGUUACUUUAAAAGGCAAUCAAAAAUAUUUAGAAAAUAUAUAAAUAAACAUAAUUUAUUUGAAUAAUACUAAAUUUUAUACUGAAAAUAGAAAAAAUAUUAAUAUAUAAUAUUAUAAUUGA